GCAGGACACUGGCCGAUGAAACCAUUUCACUGGUAAAAUACGUUUCAGAGGGGACCAAUACGUUUUAUGCCUUUUCAGACUCAAGAAACACAAAUGGAGCAUGACAAUCAACACGACCGGCUUUUCUCACUUUUUCGUGCAUAUGACGUUGAUAAUUCCGGACUCAUUGAAAAAGAUGAGUUUUUACAAAUAUGCGCUGAACUUAAUGUUAAGUCCACGGAGAGAGACGCGAUAUUCGCUAAGCUCGACACUGAUCGGGACGGUACAAUCAAUUUGCAAGAGUUCCUGCGUGGAUUUCAGCGGGUGUCAGAUUUCCUGUCUGAUGAGACUAUGGAGAGUGAUGAUAUCUAUUCUCCCGCCUGGGAGGACUUUCAAACCCGAAUGGUAGAUCAGGCCAAGUAUAUUCCCAAGAGAGAGCAGGUUGCCAUUCUUUACCAGAACAUCAGUCUAAUGGAGCCUCGGAUGGUCGCGCAAUAUGAGAGGGUCAUCAUGAACUUCACCAGAGAGAUCAAACUCCAGAACACAGAGAUGGAGCACCUGGCUCUGGCUGUCAAAAGAGCUCAUGACCAGGCUGCAAUGCAACUGAGUGAAAUGGAGGAGGAGAUGGACCAGCGCAUCCAUGCAGCAGAGCGCAACACAAGUACUCAGGAGGUGAAGAGAGCAGAGGCUGCACUGAAUGAACUCAAGAACCAGUAUGAGGCACAGGUGUAUGAACUACAGCAGAAGAUUUUCAAGAUGCAGGUGGUUGAGGAUCAGAACAGGACCAGCAGUCUGAAAGAUGAGGCUUCAGCACUAAAGAAGAAAAACACUGAACUGACUUUGGAGAAUCAGCGGCUAAAGCAGGAGGUGCUGGAGUCUCACACCAACAUCGCCUUCCUGCAUAGUGAGCUGGACACCCUCAAGAGUGACUUAACUGACCACAGCAUCAACUCCGAGAGGGAUGAGGCUCUCAUGGAGUGUUUCGCAGAGGAAAGGGGAAACUUAGAGAGACAGAUCGAGAUGAUGCAGUCAGCUAACAGGAAACUGCAUGAUACAAAUGACACCCUUCGGUCUGCGCUGGAAAACAGUCUAAAGGAGAGCAACAAAACACAGCAGCAAACAGGUCUCUCUCCUGGUGGCACCACUGACCGACGCAAGAGCUUCUGUUCGCCGUAUGUCAACAGGUGCUGCCAGGUUCAAGGUCCAGAUGAGGCCUUUGACCCGCUGCAACUUAGCGACUACCUGUGCAGACCGAGUUGUGAUGUGCUGGCCCUGGCACUGUGUGACCCCAUGCGCAUGCGCAGACGCAGCUGCGAGGUGGACAGCCUGGCCGAAAGCUGCCUGGACAGUGGCCGCUCCACUCUGCGCGGCUCCUACGGCUACGACUCCGAGCAGGAGGGAUACAAACAAAGCCAGCCGCUCGGCCACAACACGGACAGCCUCGCAGGAGACACGUCUGAUACAGAGACUACUGAUUUGAGAGAUGAGUCGGACAGUGAGUCUGUGCUGGACUGGAAGCCUCUGGAGGCAGAGAAGGUGAAGAAGGUGGAGAAGAAGACAGCGGCGGCCCCAGCACCUGGCAGGAAGUGUCUGUCAGCCAUCUUCUCCGAGCCUGAGAUAGAGCUGGACAGGAGUCAGCAGCCAACUGACCGAGCCUACAGGGUUGUACUAGCAGGAGACGCUGCUGUUGGCAAGUCCAGCUUCCUGCUGCGCCUGUGCAAGAAUGAGUUCAUCGAUAACACCAAAGCUACUCUGGGGGUGGAUUUCCAGAUGAAGACCUUGGUUGUAGAUGGUGAGCCAACAGUAUUGCAGCUAUGGGACACAGCUGGACAGGAGAGGUUUAGGAGCAUUGCUAAGUCAUACUUCAGAAGAGCGGAUGGUGUUCUCCUGCUGUAUGAUGUUACAUGUGAGAGGAGCUUCCUGAAUGUGCGGGAAUGGGUAGACAUGAUUGAGGAUGUGUCUCAGGAUGACAUUCCCAUCAUGCUUGUGGGGAAUAAAUGUGACCUGCGGCCAGAGGCAAUCCAGGAUGGCAUCACCUGCAUCCCCACCAGUUACGGAGAGAAGCUGGCCAUGACCUACAGUGCCCUGUUCUGUGAGACAAGUGCCAAGGAUGGUUCUAACAUCAUCGAGGCUGUUCUUCAUUUAGCAAGAGAGGUGACCAAACAUACUCACCAGGAGAAGAAGAACAUCUCAAGUGUGACCACUCUCACUGGAAGCCACAACAAGAAGUCUAACUUUAACUGCUGUAUUUGACGAGUUCCUCCUGUACACACAGCAGC